UCCAACCCUGAGAUCUGAGCCUCUACUUUAGUCAAUCCUCUUUGGUGCUAUGUACGCUUGUUAGUAAGCCAAACAAUAAUCAAUGAAUUAUUAAUAUCAAAGUUAAUUCGAACAUUUCUAACGUGUUUUACUGAUAAUCAUGGACGAUCUGCAGAAUUAUAAAUUGCAGCUUCAACAAGUUGAAGCUGCGUUGACGACUGAUCCCACUAAUGAGGAAUUGUUAAAACUGAAAAUUGAUCUUGAGGAGGUUAUUGAGCUGACACAAGACCUCAUAAAGUCACAGCAACAGGAGAAGAGGCAGAGCAAUGGCAUGGACGCCAAGGAUCCCAUUCUCUUGGCUGUUUUGGCGAAUAAGUGGAAAGUUGGGGACUCGUGUAUGGCACCUUGGAGUGAGGAUGGGAAAUAUUACGAGGCCACGAUAGAUGCAAUAAACGAGGAUGGUCUUGUGAAUAUAACAUUCAAUGAGUUCAAAAACACAGACGUUACAAUGCUAAACCAAUUGAAAUCAGUUGCAAAGAGGCCUGCGUCUGAUUGGGCAGAUCAAAAGUCCAAGUGAGUAUUUCCAUUACUUGAACAAUUAAAAUCAUAAUUAUCAUAAAUGAUAAUAUCAUUGGAAAAUAUGUCCAGUACAGAAAAUAUUAAAAUUCUGUUUCUCUAAUUUGAUUCAUUUUCAUGAUUCCAAUGAAUUUAUUUUGACGAAUUUAUCACAAGCUUUGAUGAUUUUAUUAAUCCUACGCUUUUUCUUUCUUCCCGUUGAUUGAAUUAUGAAAUAAUCGACUUCUGAAAUAACGGCGAAUGCUUGUUGAACUACCACCAUGAACCACUUGUCCUUCCAAUAAAUCAAUGUUAAAACAUUCCAAUAUUGUCCCACGCCGAUAAAAAAAUCGUGAUCUGCAGGAGAAGGU